GAUUUGGCAAGGCCGGGCGAGGCGGGGAUUGAUGGGCGUGGCUGCUCGGGUUGCUGCUGUUGUGGUUGUGGUUGUGGUUGUGGCUAUGGUUGGGGGAGGAAAAGGGAGGCGGCCGGAACUCGGACUGCUGUUGCUUGGGGGAGCGCAGGCUGAAGGUGGAGUGCCGGUGCGCAUUCGCGGUCGCAGUCCCAGACCCCGUCGCAGUCGCAGUCGCAGUCGCAUGCGCAGCGACCGACGAUCUCGACGGCGACGUCGCACCACCCGCAGCGACAGCUUCGGAGCGAGACGCCUCUACGCCGCCCAUCGCAUCGCGCCCGUUGCGAUGGUGGUGGUGGUGGUGGUGGCUGUGGCUACGACCGCGAGGGUCUCGGUCGUCAUCGCCGCCAUCGUCUCCUCUGUGCGGCCGCUGCAGCACCGAGGAGCGGUAGCCGUUGUUGUCCAUGCUGAAUACCUAGCGCUUGAGGCAGACUGGGCAGCCAGAAACUCUAGACAAGAGCAGGGAGGGGAGGAAGGGGAUGUGUCGGCGACAGAGGUAUUAGGACUGAGGACCCAUGUGCACGAGUGCGACGACGCGGCGAGGGUAUUCGGAGGUGGGGGGAAGAAAACGAUGCGCGCGGCGUCGGGAGUCGCGAUGCGCACGCGAGUCGAAUCGAGUGUCGGUCGAUUCACAGCCAAGGUCGCAGGAGGUCGUGUGCGAGGAUGCAGCGAGCGGCGGCGGCAGCGGAUCGAUGGGGAUCUGUCGACGCGAGCGACGAGGACUGAUCUAUGGCGUUGUGGGGUCGCGCUGCGGCGAUUUGACCAGAGAGCUCGGGCAGUUUCGAUGGGUAGAGAGAGUGAGUGGGUCAAAAGAGUCAAUGGAAACGUUGAGUUGAGGGGGAGUUGAGGGGGAGAAGAGAACGGUUAUGGGGAUGGUUUGGAGUGGUCCAGCGGAAGCGUGGCUCGGAAUUGGAGGUAGGGAAUUGGCGGUUGAGAGCCGGGGAUUGCGGGUUGCAGGUUGCGGGUUGAGGGUUGAGUGAGUGUUGGUGAGACACGUCAACGAUGUCUAGUUAGUGGAGGAGCGAGGCACGGGGAGGAGGAUUAGAGGAUGGUGACGGGGGGGCAAUAGAGGUGGAAACCCCGGUUUGAGAAUCCGGGAUGUGACUUGUGAUGGUGAUGCGCCGCGUGUAUGCGUGGAGGCGUUGGGGAGAAGGAGAAGGAAGAAGCGGCACGCGGAUGGGAAACGGGGGACGGACGGCGGGCGGAGGGGGCAGUUCUGGUGAUGAUGGCUGGGGCCCAGCGGAAUCGGGGCGGGAGAUGGUUCCAGCGAUUCUAGGAAUUGGAGGAUUGGAGGAUUGGGUCCCGUUCGGGUCCUGCCUCGGGGCCCUGGAUAUG